AUGGCGAUUCUGUCGCGUAUGGCCAAGAUUGCUAUCCCAUUGACGGUCGCUGCUGCAACUGCAAGUGCAGUGUUCUAUGAAAACUUACGCGACGGUUUUACAACGCGUGCCGCACAGCCAGUCACCAGCACACAUACAGAUGGUAGUCUCCCAUCGUUGAGCACGGAUCUUUUCCCACGAAAUAAAUGGCAUUCAGACUGGGAUAGCCGUGAUCCGUUGUCGUUAGUUGAUCCAGUCAAAUAUGAAGCUGCAGAUGCAAGUGAACGUAAAGAGAUGCUUAAAAAAGUGAAGCCUACAGCCACUCGUAAUAUAUUUCUUAUCCGUCAUGGACAAUACGCUAUGGAUACAGAUGAGAAGAAUUUAACUCCUCUUGGACGAGAACAGGCAGUCUUAUUGGGUAAACGUCUAGCGGAAAGUGGCAAAAAAUUCGACGUCUUGAUAAUGUCUUCAAUGACGCGUGCUUGUGAAACGGCCAAUUUGAUACUCAAAGAAAUAAGUCCGAUGCAAACGAAAGUAGAUGCAAUUCUUGAAGAAGGCGCACCAUACCCUCCAGAACCAUCGGUCACGCAUUGGAAACCCAAACAAAAAGUGAGCUUGUUUUUUGAGUUUGACUUUUUGUUUUAUUUGAACUCAUUUUUGAAACUGAGAUGUUUUCGUUUGGGUUCGAGGAUCGAAGCUGCCUUUCGAAAGUACAUGCAUCGUGCGAAUCCAAAACAAAAACAAGAUAGCUAUGAAGUGAUCGUUUGUCAUGCCAAUGUCAUUCGUUAUUUUGUUUGUCGCAUUGCAAUUUCCACCGGAAGGAUGGCUGCGAAUGUCACUUGGGAACUGUUCGAUUACUUGGCUCGUGAUUCGGCCAAGUGGCAAUGUCUCAUUGCGUUCAUUAGGCGAUAUUGGGCAUUUACCUCAUGA